AUUAGAACUUAGUCCAUAAAACUGAUGCUUAACUUAAAAAAAAAGUAUAAAAGUGAGACCUUAUUUAAGUGUGUAACAAUUUAAAAUAAAGUACAAAAAUGCCUCCAAAAAAACGAGGUGGUAGGUCUAUUGGAAGUGUAAAAGCAAAAUUGUGUACACGCGUUCGCAAAAAUCAAAAUACAAUUCCAAAUUGUCUUCCUGGAUUAAGUUUUGACUUACUUACUGGUUUGUUUUUUCUUUACACCUAUUCAAUACUUAUUUUUAUAAUUUGUAAUGGUUAAAUAGAAAUUUGAAGUAAGAAAGUGGCGGCAAUGUUGGUUGGAGUCCUUUUAGAUGAAAUUGUGUCGACCAGGUUCACUGUAUAGUUAAUAAAGGGGCUCUUAAUGCCCAUUGUUUUGCUUGCAAUCCAAUUUUGGUUAUGCCAUGUAUGUGUUAUGAGGUAUAAAUGCAGAAGAUGCAACAUAGGCUUGUCAGAACAAUGUCAAGUGUAAAUCUUAAUCUCUAUCUGCCCCUCCAGGUCAACGCUGGUCUAAGGGUAACAGUUGUUAUAUCUGCUAAUCAAAAUUAAAUAAACUUGAUUGCAACAUUAUAUAAACCUAAAAUUGAGAGAUGUGUAUUGUAUUGUUGUAGAGAAUGCAUUGACCACAAAUAGUAAGAGAACAAGAAAAGUGACAACAACGGCUAACAAUGAAAUGCAGAUCAAAUUAUCAAAUGAAGUAAUUGAAGCAGACAUAACGAAGGAAGGAACACUGCUCACUGAAAAUGAACCCAAAAAACUGAGGAUCACACGGAAUAACUUUGUGAAGUCACAGCCAAAGAUUGAGUGUGCUGAAGAUGAUGAAAUAAAGACCGAUUUGCCUUUAAAUGUUCAGUCAGUGAAAUUGAUAUCAAAUCAAGGAAGUAAAGAUGCUCCUGUGUCAAGGAAAAGAAAACUAGUCAAAAAUAUUUCACCAGAGUCUGACGACUCAAGUACGACAACAAAGCGCCGAUGCAAAACAAAAGGAGGUGUAAAUAAGAACAGCAUAACAAUAAGAAAGCAAACCAACAAUAAGAAUAGAAAAAAAGUUAUAAAGAGCAAAAAGUCGCCGGCCUUCGAGCAAACGGUCAGCUGUGAGCCGCCGCACACUUCCCCGCGGAAAGUUACAGAACUUAGAAAUAAAAAGUCGUUCAACUUCGAGGUCACAAUAAGCGGGGACUCGCCCCCGCCCCCGCCCCGGGGCCCCGAGCCCUCCGCGUCCUCGCCCCCGCCCCGGGAACCCGAGCACUGCGCGCCCUCACCCUCCCCCUGCCCCUCGUGGACUCGCGACAUCUCCAGUUCCAGCGCCGUCACCUGCCUCACCGUGCGCACAGACGACAUCGUGCGCAUCGACAACAAGCUGCCGCUGCUGCGCCUCACCGACGUCGCCCGCGCGCCCCGCCCCGCCCCGCGACCCCCAUCUCGCCCCGCACGCACCCCCUCUCCCUCUCCCUCUACCUCCUCCAACUCCACCUCCACCUCCAGCACGAGCUGCUCGAGCGCGACGUGCUCCCUCGCCCGCUCCUCCGCAGAUCCGCACGAUGACGACAUCGACAGAGCGCUCCAAAAAUUAACUACAGAGUUUAAAAAAAAGGACGUGGAAAUGUUCGAUUUGGUCGUUUGCGAAAAUAUAAACGACAGUUCCGCCCUCCGGAACUUCCGCAAACGAGUGUGUAAAGCGCUGGCGGAAGAGAGCGAAGUGAUUGCACAUUGUAACGCUUUAAAAAAAUUACUAAUCCACGAUUAUGAGGAUUUAUUUUCUGAUAUCGAUCCGUGUGAAAACCAAGAGGUCGACCGACUCCCGGAUAAACAAUUUAUUAAACCUCGCGAUGUAAGAAAAUCUACCCGGUGCGACACCGCGACCGAACCGGGAUCAAAAAUGGUCUGCGACGACAGGGGGUCGGCGGGGCGGCUCGAGGAGUCCGCCCCCGCCUCCGCCCCCACCUCCGCUCCCGCCUCCGCCCCGCCGGGCACCGCCCCCUGCGAAGAGCGCGGCAACGACGACGACGACGCCCUGUCCCUGUUCGCGGAGAGCAUCACCUGCCUGGACUCGUCGCGGAGACACGACUCCCAGCCCGGAGACUUCGCCGAAUAUGUACCGCGACCGAUAAACGCUAACAAGAAAUCCGAAACUAUCGCUUACCGGCCCUCGCACAUUGAUCGAAAUCAAACGGCGAAAAUAGUUUGCGAGAAACAGAACGCCGAUUCCACCUCGAUGUACAGAGAGACUCGAAACUAUUACGAAAACACGAGCGACGUCGGCGUCGAGGACGAAAGCUCUUGGCCCUGGGCCGGGGCGUCGAGAGCGACCGCCGGGCCCCCCGCGCCCUUCCUGACUCCCGCACCGGCAGUCGAGCUCGGCCCCGAGGAAGCCGGCCGGCCCCUCUUCAUUGCAGACAUAUACCCCGAGCCGAAAAACCUAAAGAGCUUCGUAUUCAUGGGCGUGUGCUUCUACAACCUCGCCUCUAAGUGCAAGCGAGAGUGCUGCCAGUUCCUGCACGCGGAGCUGCCGCCGGGCGUGGUGAGCGCGCGCCUGAGCCGCCUCGACUGCGACGCGGCCUUCGCGCACGAGUACAUGAUUAUGCGCAACUGGGCCGAGCUGCGCAGGAGGUACGGCCUCGCCUACGUGCUGGAGGGCGCGCGCCGCGGCCUCACGCGACUGCUGCUCGAGAUGGCCAUAGACUUCGCCGGGAGGGCCGAUCCCGAGCACCCGGAGGACAAGGCUCUGACGGUGAAAGUUUUGGAAGCGAUCAUGUUGUAUUUAAACACGAUAGACGUCCGCGAGUACGGGGACUUCCUCGAGUUCCCCGCGCCCGGCGGCCGACCUCUCUGCGACAUUUUUAUGGAAACGCUGGCCGGCACACAAAACUUUUCCCGAUUCAAAUCGAUAUUCGUCAAUCUGACAGAGUUCAUGGAGCGCAUCUCGCGACCGUUCGAGUUCGAGGUGGCGUCCUCGCUGCUGGAGCGCGUGUGCAUCCUGCCGCACGAGGAGCGCACCGCGGCCGCCAUGCUGAUCGUGCUGCGCCGCUCCUCGCCCCGCGUGUUGCGCAACGGCAUGAUCGGCCUCUUCGAGCGGCGGGUGGCGGCCGACGAGCGGCUGGCUCGCGACUUCGAGGCGUUGAAGCGCGCCGCGGGGGGGCGCAGCUUCUCCCCCGACACGACGGGCGCUGCGCCGGACUGCGCGAGCGCGGUGGCGACUAACGCGAUAGAUUCCCACCUGGCGGAGUCGUUCAGGAAGGUCGGCUCAGUGAUUCGGCCGGGGUGGAAGAGGUCGGCGGGGCGCCGCGGGGGCUGGUUCGGUGCGCCGGGGCGACUGCGCGGGGCGGCGGCGCACAUCACACCUCCGCGACCACUGUUUAGGUUCCCCAGGAGCAGGCCGUUUCAGAAUUAUCAAAAGAGAUUUAUGCAAGACUCGUAGCAAGGUGAGGCAAGGUGAGGCAAGAUGAGACAAGAUGAGGCAGGGUGAGGCAGGGUGACAGGGUAGGGAAACAUGAUGUGGGCCACGUGUCGCCGCACGCUCUAGUGCUUGUGUUAUUUCAAACAUACAUAAGUAAGAACUUAUUUAAAUUAGUGAAGAAGCAGUGAGCAGCGAGCCGCGCUCACGAUACCACCUCGAAUAAAGUGAGAGAUCGCGGUGAGGAGGGGUGACAUGUGAUACACAAACAGUGUACGAGGACGAGGACGAGGUCGAGGUCGAGUGAUCUCCAUAGGAAGCUGAGCGAGCAGCGGCCGGUUCCGCUGACCUAAACUUGUACUUGUUAUGUUUGAAGACAUUGACAUUUCAAGUUUUGUUAAGUUUGAAGAUGAUUUUAUAGUUUUAAGCGUACGUAGAGUUAAGAUUUUCUUGUUUCCGAUAUUAAAAUCGACAAUUCAGAUUACUCGACAACGUUUAUGUGUGACAUUACAAACGGAACUAUAAAUCCAAAACGACAUUAUUACUUAUUUUUUUAUAUUUUAAGGUUUCGUUUAAAUUAUUUGCCAGUUUUAUAUUUCUAUGUGACUUCAUAGUAGAAAAUAUAUUACUAUUUUCUUCUUAACUUAGCAACAUUGUGAUAAAAUUGCUAGUGUAGUGGGUAAGUUACCUAAGUAAAUAGUUAUAGUACUGUAUAGAGGAGACAGAUGUUAUGUUCACACAAACACACAGACACGCGACAGACGCGCGGCUCGCUGGAGCUCGAUGUGCAGUGUGUAUCGCAGGGUACUUUGCUAUGUAUUAUAGGUGUGGGUACACUCACCUUUCUAACAAUAAACAAUUAUAGACUGAGACUAUACCUCUGACUAGUUCUUGUAUAAUACGCGACCACUACAUUUGCCGACCUCUAUCGUUAACACGGGUAGAAGAUGCUCGAAAGUCGGUGAGAGGCGGCCGGACCGCCUGUCGUCCUCCUCCUCCUCCUCCAGAGUACGGUAUUGUAAACAACACUAUUAAAAAUAGUUUACAGUUUUAUCAUUACAGUUAAGCGAAGCAGAAGGUUGAUAUUUUGUUUCUUGUCUACCAAGAUUAGUCUUAAAACCCCACCAAACUUUUGUUUCACAGAUUUCGUUUUUAAUUACCAGAAAAAAAGAAAAAGGUAUUUUUUUAACUUAAUAAUAGUAACAAAUUAAAAUGUUAAAGUCCUGUAAAAAGCUGGACACAAUAUUAUUGUUAUUUUAUGAAUGACUGUAUGAAGAUCGCAGCGGAGUGAAGUUAUUGUGCGGGAAGUAGAUAUAAAUGUUGCGAUUCUUUUUAUAAAUAUAAUGUGGUUCUAACUAUUAUUGCAAAGUGGAAGCGUUAUCUUUGUGUGUGCACACACGCAACACGCACAAUGGCAUAUUUAUUGCAAUCGUCCAAAAAGUAGUUUCUUUAGGAUCAUUUUCGAUGUUAAUUUUUUUUUAUUUCAUAAAUAUGAUCAGUAUCGGCAAUAAGUAACGCUAUAUUUUUUGCUAUUAAAAAAAAAUAACCCCUAUUUUAGUUGUUCGAAUGUUGAGCUCACAACAAGUGUAAAUUUGUUAUAAGUUUCAGAAGUACUAUUGUUUGUUUGAAAACAUCGACCAUUAAUGUUACAGCUGUAAAUAAAGAAAAAUUAUCAAUGCACUUGCUUUUAUUAAUUUUUUCUUGUGUAACUGACUUGCCAAUGUGUUAAACAUUCUGAUGGAAAUCAAUGGCUUUUUUUUCGUAAUUUGCCAAGAGAAUACCUCAGAUUUCACAAACGAAUUAACAUGUACCUACGAUCAGUUUUAGCUUAACUAUGAACAGAUUUUUGGUGGUAUUUAUCUGCGAUAGUAUAUGGUGUGGUGAAAGAUAGGAUAUAACAAGUUGUAGAAAAAAUGUAGAACCACUUUGAGUACAGUUUUAUUGAUUUGAACUUCGAACUGAUUGUAAAUUAAUAAAAUGCACGAAAUACAAAAAACUAUAGCCUCUUAGCUGACUUUGGCUAGAAGACCAAUUUUACAAUAAUUUAUUUAAUCCUUGCACACAAAUAAAUAAAAAAUGAAACAAACACAAUAAGAAAACAACGAUGCACGUACAGUUUAGAUAAUUAACAAAGUUGUUAUUUUCACUUAUUUAAAAAAUAAAAAAUGUAAUCAACGAAUUCAAUGUCAAGUUUAGGCAGUUUCAGUCAAACGUCAUUAAUGUGUCAGUCAGUGAGGUGAACAUCUGACAGCUGUCAGUUCAGUCGGCACCACACAAUGCUCACCGCGUAUAUUUAGUUCAGACUUUGGACACAAAUAAAAAAAGAACUUUAAACUUACACUUUUACAGCAAAUUGCCUUAAAAUAUAUUCAAUAUUAUAUAAAAAUGAGCACAGACUUAAGCUACCAUAUAAAUAUUAAAUAGUGAGAUAUAAAUAUUGUCACAGAGAAGCUUAAUAUAAAUACUAAGUUAAAAUGUAAGCGAGUAUAAUUUUGGCUUUUAUAAUACUGGAUAUGCGCGAGGGCAUCAGGAGAGGGGGCCACGUGAGCUCCGGCCCUUCCCUAGCAACCUUUUUUUAUUGCCAUUUUAUAAACAUUUUUUCUUUUUUUUUUAAAGGGAUCCACAAAUAGAAUUUCAUUGAAAAGGCUACAAUACUAAAUAAAAAAUGGUGCCUGGAUAA